AUGGACCGACGUAGGUCCACCUUUGGCCCAGAUGGACUGUUCCCAGGGUAUGCUAAUGCAAUAACAUACGGUUCACCAUCAAACCAAGAUGGAACCCCUUAUACCGUAUCUCUAGAGAUAAAAGAUGGCACUGAUCCUACCGGAAACACAUGGGUCCACAGAUGCAAUGGAGGCUGGAUGAAAUUUGACCUUACAACUGCUAUCGAUUCUACAACACACAACGGUUUGUGGGUCGUCACUGCUGCCAGGUGUUUCGAUGUAUACCAGCAACCGUCUGAUUGGAGGGCAAAGAUUGGGGCGAGAUCGAAUGGAGAUACAACCGGAGUCUCGACCGAGUCAAUCAGAUACAUCCUAAGACACCCGACAUCAGACAUCGCUUUAGUUAAGUUAUCCAGGAGACCAUCAGAAUUGUCUCCAAACAGAUUUAUGUUAAACUUUCCGCAAAGCGCCAACCAUGCUGCAACCAACCGGAGCUGUGUACUAUCCGGCUGGGGGAUUACAGAUAGUUUACUAACAGAUAACUAUGAAAACCUGCCUCAGGAACAAUAUCAAGGCACGGUCACUGGUAUCACACGCUCCUGGUGUAGAAGUCAGUAUUAUCCAUCAAUAGAUGACGCCACUUUCCCCAGUGAUGUUAUUUGUACAACUGCCCAAUAUGGCUGUAAUAACUGCGCUGAUACUGGACCAUUCCCCAGUCCUUGUAAAUCGUAUGACUAUGGGACACCUCUGGCAUGUAUCUACGGUAACGAAGCCAUUAUCUUAGGAGUAGGAACUGCACAAGAUGACUCCCAAAGUUGCGGUGAUGCCUUCGCUGGUCAAUCUAUCCCACCUAUCUGGGUCUCAAUAAGUACUUACUGGACGUGGAUUAGAAACACUGUCAAUAUCAAUUAAUGUUUAAUGCCAACUCUAACGUCGUUUAACUAUGUAUACAUAUAGGGGUAACAUAAAUAUACAAAAUAAAUAUUUUAUACAUUAUAAUCGAAUC